AUGUCGGGCCACAACAACAAUGCAGCCCCCAUCCGCUUCAUCCCCCAAACAGGCCGCAAACCCUCCGCCGAAGACACCACCACCCGCAAAGCCAUCCGGCGGCAUGUAAUGCUCGGCAAGAACCGCGGGCGCGCGCCCCAAAAUCCCCGACAGCCUGCCAUGCAAGGCACAGCCGUGUUUCGGGCGGAGGACUUCCAUCAACCUGCCGAAGAACAAUCGUUGGUGAUCCCACCCCGAGUCGGCACAGACCUUUCCUUCCUCGACUUCGCGGAUCCAGUCGACCCGCCUCUCAUGAACGACACACUCCGCUUCUGCUCCGCGACCAACGAGAAUAUGUUCGUCCUCGCGCGCUGCAUUUCCUUCGAAGCCCCGGAUACGAUGGCAACGUGCAUGCGUCGGCUGGCGUGCGACGCCCUGUACGUGAACGUGAUGGUCUUCGGGACGCAGACGUAUUUGGAUCAAGUCGUUCGUCACAACAACACGACAGAACUGCGGAGGAGUUGUCUGCGGCAUUACGGACGGGCGUUGGGGAUUUUGCGGGAGCGGUUGGCGGAGGCGGAGAGGCGGCGGGGUGUGAUUUCUGAUAUUACCAUCAAUUCGGUGAUUAUUCUGGGGAUGCACGCUUUGGCGACGGGGCAGUAUGGGAGUGCGAGGAACCAUAUCGCGGGGUUGGGACGGAUGAUGAGUUUGAGGGAGAGGGGUUUGCAGUCUUUUGGGGAGAACAAGACGAGAUCGCUGGUGGAUUUGUUGAGGUGUGAUAUUUCUAUUGCGCUGGCGACGGGGGAGGAGCCGAUUCUUUUUCCUGGGGGUUCUUGUGAGGAGACGUUUCGACUUCCGGAUUUUGAAGUAUCAGACGAACCAACUCGAAGGCAUCCCUCGAUCGGGAACGAUGGCCUAGCUAGGAUCUGGAUGGUUCUCUCGCGUUUCUGCGCCGUAAUUAACAAAGCCGGCAUCGAUCAAACGACAAUUCCAGAGCGAAUGCUGCUUCAAACAAUGGCGUCCGUGAUGUAUGGAUUGCUGAGCCUUUCGCUGCCGCCAGACUCGACAGACAAAGCCAUUCGCCUCGCUAUGCUGUCGUUUUGUGCGAGCACGUUCUUAUACUGGGGCCAGAUGAGGAUGCCUCUGGGUUGGCUCCAGGCUGAGCAGAGACGGUGUCUGUUCCGCAUGAAGGAUGCACACGAAGACAACCUGGAUCCACGGAUGAUGCUUUGGAUGUUGAUCGUCUAUGGGAUCACGUUCCCUGCCGCGACGACGGACGAGGUUGAAGAGAUGCGGAAACGAUUGAGGGAAGUGACCGAACAUUGUGGACUGACUUGUUGGGACGAGGUGAGAGGGACAAUGAGUGAAUUCCUUUGGAUCGAUAUUGUGUGUAAUACGCCCGCCCAAGAGCUCGUAGAAGCAGCUCACGCUAGGCACAGAAGUUGA